UUGAUAAGAGAUAUGUUGUGACUGAAUAUUUGAGGAGUACCUGCACCUGAUAAAACACCUCUGAUAACAGUUCAGUUUGCACCGUCGUGAAAUACUGUGGCAUAUAUUGUGAAAUGUUUUUAUUAAAAAGUUUUUAGAUAUAUUUUGUGUUAUUUUACACCGUUAUUAUGGCGUAUCCAAUGUAUGAAGUCGAUUGGAGUGUUUUGCCGCCAGAACAGAACAGGAGGUUCAAUCCGGCUUUCAAUAUUGCCACCAUAAAACAAGUUGUAAAUGAGGCCAUAGAACGAGUCGCGCCGGUUUCAGUACGGAUGCCCACGCCGACUCGGCUCAGGGACCUUAUCAGACAGAUCAGGGCAGCCAGGACCGCCGCGGAGGAGCGCAGCGUGGUCAACAAGGAAUGCGCUUACAUACGGUCCACGUUUCGAGAGGAGGACAGCGUUUGGAGAUGUCGGAACAUAGCCAAGUUGCUGUACAUCCAUAUGCUCGGCUACCCGGCGCACUUCGGCCAGCUGGAGUGUCUGAAGCUGAUCGCGAGUCCGCGGUUCACGGACAAGCGGGUGGGCUACCUUGGCGCCAUGCUGCUGCUGGAUGAGCGCCAGGACGUGCACCUGCUUAUCACCAACUGUUUGAAGAAUGACCUGAACAGCAACACGCAGUUCGUGGUGGGCCUGGCGCUGUGCACGCUAGGGGCCAUCGCGUCGCCGGAGAUGGCGCGCGACCUCGCUUCCGAAGUGGAGCGCCUCAUCAAGUCGCCCAACGCGUACAUCAAGAAGAAGGCGGCGCUGUGCGCCUUCCGCAUCAUAAGGAGAGUCCCCGAUCUCAUGGAGAUGUUCCUGCCGGCCACCAGGAGUCUGCUCACUGAGAAGAAUCAUGGUGUGCUCAUCACUGGGGUGACCCUGAUCACGGAGAUGUGUGAGAACAGUCCGGACACUCUCAACCACUUUAAAAAGGAGAGCGGACAGCGCGAGAUUGUUCCGAAUCUGGUGAGGAUAUUGAAGAACUUGAUACUGGCCGGAUAUUCGCCGGAACACGACGUCAGCGGCGUGUCGGAUCCGUUCCUCCAGGUGAAAAUCCUCCGCCUCCUGAGGAUACUCGGCAAGAACGACGCCGAAGCGUCCGAAGCGAUGAACGACAUCCUCGCGCAGGUCGCCACCAACACGGAAACCAGCAAGAACGUCGGCAACACCAUACUGUACGAAACUGUACUCUCCAUCAUGGACAUAAAGUCCGAAUCGAGUCUGCGAGUGCUCGCCGUCAAUAUACUGGGCAGGUUUCUGUUGAACAACGACAAGAACAUACGAUACGUGGCGUUGAACACGUUGUUGAGGACCGUGCACGUCGACACUUCGGCCGUACAAAGGCAUCGGACUACUAUUUUGGAGUGUUUGAAGGACCCUGACGUGUCGAUCCGCCGCCGCGCCAUGGAGCUGUCGUUCGCGCUGAUCAACGGCCAGAACAUCCGCAGCAUGAUGAAGGAGCUGCUGUCGUUCCUGGAGCGCUCCGACGCGGAGUUCAAGGCGCACUGCUCCAGCGCCAUGGUGCUCGCCGCCGAGAGGCACGCGCCCUCCAACAAGUGGCAUCUCGACACGCUCUUCAGAGUACUGCUCAAGGCGGGUAACUACCUGCGCGACGACACGGUGUCCAACACGAUCCAGAUCGUGUCGUCUGCGCCGGCGGAGCGGCAGGCGUACGCCGCCAUGAGGCUGUGGAGCUCGCUCGAGCGUUCCGCCGUGUCCGGGGACGCCACCGAGAAACAGCCGCUCAUACAGGUGGCUGCGUGGACUAUUGGCGAAUACGGAGACUUGCUGGUGUCGGAGGCCAGCAACGCCAUAUCCAUGGUCGAUGAAGACGGAGUGGACGACUUCGUCCGCCCGUCAGAGGAAUACGUGAUCGACAUAUACCAGAAGCUGUUGUGGUCGACGCAGCUGUCCAUCACCACCAAGGAGUACCUGCUGCUGUCGCUCGCGAAGCUCUCCACCAGGUUCACCACGCAGCCGAGUCAGGACAAAAUCCGAGUAAUCAUAGACACGUUUGGAUCUCACAUUCACAUUGAGCUCCAACAGCGAGGAGUGGAGUUAUCUCAGCUCUACAGACAACACGCGCACCUGCGGCCCGCGCUGCUGGAGCGCAUGCCGGCGCUGGAGCCCGCCGCCGACGCGCCCGACCGCGCGCCCGACGCCAGCCCCGUGCACAAGCCGGAACAGGAUGCGUUGUUGGACCUAAUCAUCGGGUCGGACCCUCUGACGAACGGCGACGUGGAGCACAAACCGGCACCCGCGCCGAACAACAACACUAGCAAUGAUAUCUUGGACUUGCUAAGCGGCCUGGAGCUAUCUGGUGGCGGCGGGGCGCCGAGCCUGCUCAACGCGGUGUCGGACGCGCCUGCCCCCGCGCCGGUCGUCUCCGCUGCGCCUGCGCUGUUACUCGACGGAUUAUUUGGCUCAGCACCAACACCACAGGCACCCGCUAUCACGCAAGACCUGCCGACGGUGACAGCGCUGGACAAGAACGGCGUGCGCAUAGUAUUCGGCAUAUCGCGCGGAGGAGACACCGUCACGCUCACCAUGCGCGCCACCUCCAGCGAACACCUCACCGAGUUCCUCUUCCAGGCCGCCGUGCCCAGGACGUUCCAGCUGGACAUGAUGUCGCCGUCGGGCACGGUAUUGUCCCCCCAGGGAGAGAUCACGCAAGUUUUGAAAAUCACCAAUCCAUCCAGGACCCCGCUGAGAUUACGGAUACGAGUGUCGUACAACAUAGACGGAACCCCGGUCUUGGAACAGACAGAAGUGAACAACUUCCCGCCCGACCUGUUCAACUGACGAGUGGCCAACCCGCCCGGCUACUGUCUAUAGCCACUACACUACGGUCGAAUCGACCGACCGGUCGUAAAUCACUUGGUCGACACCGAUCGACCGGUCGAAUAUCACUCGUUCUAAAUAUUUUCUACAUGUGACAAGUGCGCACGCAAUCGAAUUCUUAAUCGAUCAUCGAUUGCCCUCGGUUCCGAUUUUGAAGUUACCACACUGAUAAAAAAAUGUCCACUGCCCGCAAAUUGAGUAAUCGAUGAUCGAUCAAAAUUGACACAUCUCUAGAGCAAUGAUGGCAUUUUCUUUAUUUCUUUCUCAUUGAAGACUGACCACAGGAUAUAUAUUUCGACCUGAAUACUAAAAUCCUCCGUAGCCGUCACUGUAGAGAUGAUUCAAGCUUGUAGAUUCGUUUUUAUAGAGAUUUGAAACAUUCCACGUUGUUUAGAUAUUAAUUGCUCGUUCAGUCUGAUAGGGCCCAAAUACGCGCGUAAGGUCAACGUUUGUGUGACCAAAAGGAGUAAAUUAUUAUUAUGUACCGAUAGAUGGCGCUAAAAUAUAUUUGCGAGUUAUAAAAACUGACUACCCGCUAUCCAUAGAAAUUUAUAGUAAUCUGUACAGCUUGUAAUAAUUUUUAAAUUUGCACAUUUCAUUUUAUAUUGUAUUUUUAUCUCUCUGGCUAUAGUGUCAGUAUUAUUACAACCUCGAAGAUCACCAUUAUACCAGUGUGAAUUUAUCUAGUUAUAAAUCAACUCUGCGACUAGAAAUAACUGUUGUUUUGAAUUACAAAUAAUUAUUUUUGCUCAUUUGUACACAAAUACUAUGAACGUAAAUUUAGUGAAAUAUAUUAUAAUAUAAUAAAAUUGGUUUUAUCUGUAAACAUAUUUGCUUUGAAAGUUGUAAGUCAAUUUUUUAUUUAUUUAAUAGUAUCUACAAAAAUCUUGGAAAUUUUGUGUUGAAAAUUAUGCCAUCUAUAAAAUGACGAUGCAAUCAGCUCAGCACAACAGCAUUGUCCCUAACAUUCCCUAGCUACUACCGAAGCAUAGGCAAUUCAAUUAUCGCUGCAUUGCGACGCAAUUUAGCCGCCAAUCCUUCUCAAUUUAUAAACAACAAAUACACCACUGACAUUCGGUCAAGAAAGCAGUAUGCAUGAAGUUAUGGGUCGGCGACAUAAAUGACGUCAUAAAGUAGCUAGAUAUAAAAAUAUAAGUUUACGCCGUUCGCAUUGUACAUAAAAAAUGAGAUUGUGAAACUAACAUAGGGUAUAUUGUAAGUUAUUGUGAAGGAGGGCUGUACGGGAUGUACUUAAUUAAUAUAUGAAAUCACUAUUACGAUAAUCUUUGUGAUAAGCACAUAGUGCGGGCCGGUGUACGAACGGCCUGAGACGGCACGCGCUCGAGCGAUACAGUGACGUCACAGGACAUGCAAAACCACGAGAUGAGAAAAUCCGGAGUUCUAGCUCGAUUAUUCAUCUAUGAAUCUAAAGCCUUCCUAUUUAAGUUUGUCUCGUUUAUUGGUAAAUCGAGUCAUAUAAUUAUUUGAAAUGUCAAAUAUAUAGGAUUUUGUCGGCAGCUAAUAUACGCAUAAUAAUCAAUUGAAUUUACUGACAAUUGGCCUGUAUGGCAGUUGUAUUGAACUUAUAAAUUGGAGUUAUUACUGAAGAAUAUGUAUUGUAAAUACUAAAAUUAUUGUCCGAAAUUGUGAAUAGUGUAAAAUCAUUGCAAAAAUAUCAUAUUUUUAUUGGAUACUAAAUAGUUUCAAUACAUUCACAUAUCACAGCUCGAUGGUUGUGGUAAAUAUAAAACGAAAUAUCAGCACAUUCGCUCGAGAGCGUCCCGUCGACGCGUCAUUUUAUUUUCGGAUAGCGAAUGUUUGAUGUGAAUCUAGUUUGUCCGUAGUUUAUUCCCUAUGCAUUUCGUUAGUAGUUAUUUGCGUAUGAGAUUUGUUGCUUUACACUAGUUGAUACGAAUGCGAGCGCCGUUCGGAGCAGGUUCGCGGUUUUAUACUUGACGACCAUGUAAAUAUUCUCGUCUUGAUGCAGUAGGUAUACAAUGUUUAUUCUACGAUAUUUUCGAUAAUUUUUAACAGUUAGUAAUUAGUUUUAUGUAUUUUAUUUUUAUCCUAUUUAUGUUGGUUUAUACUGCACGUUCUAAUGGUAACGUAGGUAUUUAAAUGUAGUUGUAAUUGAAUUUAAAUGAUCCGCGUAAAGGAGACGCAUUGCUCCGUACCGGGAGUAUAUUAUUUUACAUUAUGUAAAGAGCUUGGCAGAAUAUAUUAUAUAUCGUGAUUUGGUGCUUCGUUUUACUAUAUCUGAUUAAUAGAAGGCCCUCCACGUUGUGAGAUGUUAUGAUUUUGUGUAUAACUAAAGCUGUGUGAGAGAUGUACAUAACAAUUAUAAUGAUUUUAUGUAAAUUGGUUAAUAAAUAUUUGAGAAUGUUUAUAUAAUCGA